CUCCUCCUCUCAACCCCGUUCCCCGAAAUUCCCCUUUUGCCCCUCCGCAGGACUUCUUUCUGUCUCUCUCCUCAAUCCAAUGGCUCUCAAGGCCGUGCACGUCUCCGACGUCCCCAAUCUCGACCAGGUCCCGGAGGGCCCGUCCGUCGCGCUCUACUCCGCCGGCUUCGCCAGAGGCGAGGCUCGUGCUCCGUUCAAGGCGCCCAAGUUUCUGGUGAUCGGGCACAGAGGGCACGGCAUGAACGUGCUCCAGUCGAGCGACAAGCGGAUGAGGGGAUUCAAAGAGAACAGCUUGCUGUCCUUCAAUGCCGCCGCGAAGCACCCGAUCGAUUUCGUCGAGUUCGAUGUUCAGGUGACCAAAGAUGACUGCCCGGUCAUUUUCCACGACGACGUCAUCCUCUCCGAAGACAACGGCACGAUAUUUGAAAAAAGAGUGACAGAGCUGUGCUUAGCCGAAUUCCUCUGCUACGGACCGCAGAGAGAAAACGGGAAGAUCGGACAUUCUCUCUUGAGGAAGACAAAAGAUGGGAAGAUUGUGAAAUGGGAAGUGGAAGAGGAAGACGCCCUCUGCACAUUGCAGGAGGCUUUUGAGAUGGUGGAGCCUUCGCUCGGCUUCAACAUCGAAUUGAAGUUCGACGACCACAUCGUUUACCAGCAAGACCACCUCGUCCACGUCCUUCAGGCGAUUCUGAAGGUUGUCUUCGAGUGUGCGCAAGGAAGGCCCAUCAUCUUCUCCUCGUUCCAACCCGACGCAGCUCUUCUGGUCAGAAAAUUGCAGAGCAUAUACCCAGUGUUCUUCUUGACUAAUGGCGGGACGGAGAUUUAUUACGAUUCGCGGAGAAAUUCAUUGGAGGAGGCCGUGAAGCUGUGCUUGGAAGGGGGUCUUCAGGGGAUCGUCUCGGAGGUGAUGGGCGUUUUCCGAAAUCCAGCGGCUGUUCCCAAGAUCAAAGAGUCCAAACUCUCUCUGCUAACAUAUGGCAAAUUAAACAAUGUUUCCGAGGCGGUGUACAUUCAACACUUGAUGGGCAUUGAUGGAGUGAUUGUCGACCUGGUUCAAGAAAUCACAGAGGCGGUGUCUGAUCUGAUCAAGCCAGCUAAGGAGGAAGGACUUGGAGAUUGUGUAGGUGAAGUGGAAGUGGGGAAAGUGGAGUCGAAGCCUCAGUUCUCAGAAAAGGAGCUUGCUUUUCUUCUCAAGCUCAUACCACAAUUGAUACAGCUAUAGAAGAUGGAGCCAUAGCUUGUCGUUCCCAUUGAUCUGUACAUAAUCGACUUAGCUCCUCCCUCUCUAUCGAUCUUUCUUAACGGAGCCCAAGCUUUCCUCGUCGGUUCCUCCAUUUUGUAGCAUAAUCACACGAUUUAUAAUGAUAAGUGGCUGCAUAGCCUUUUUUUUCC